UUAGCAAUCACAAAAAUUUUCCAUUUCUCCAGUAAACAAGAAAAUUUUUACACUUUAUAAUACUGUAUUUUAUAUUAAAAAAUUAAAUAAACUGCAAUAAGAUGUUAUAUACAACAUAAAGUUAUUGGACAAUAAGAAGUUUUCUCCAAAAACUUAAAGAUUCAAGUGAAAUUAACGUGCUAAAAAUACGAUCUAAACAUUUUAUACACAAAAAAGCGCCCCUAGGGGUGCUCCGCUAACGAAAGAAAUAAGAAAUUAUUAAAAAGAAAAAAAAACAAAAAUAGAGCCUCAAAAAAUGUUUUCGAAUAACUUGUUUUUUGCAUUUACGAAACUAGUUUAACACACAACAAUUGUAUAUAUUAAUUAAAACACAAAUUUCAUAAAUCCACAAACGCUUUAAAUGCGUUCAAUUAAACUCUUAAUCUUAUGCCUGCUAGCAUUGUUAAAAAUUCAACAGCAACAACAAACAGUGCUAGCAGAACGUAUAUCAUUAGUGCCCAGUCAACAACAAAUGCAUUAUCAUGCUCCCUGUGAUCGUAGUCGUAAAGUUUUCACCGCCGAAUACGGAGAAAUAAGCGAUGGCCCAGCCGGCUUCAACUACACCCAAGAUUCUCACUGUGAAUGGCUGAUAAAGGCUCGCAAUGACAGUCAGUUUAUAACCUUGACUUUUCAUAGUAUGGGCACUGAGUGCUCAUACGACUAUAUAUAUGUGUACGAUGGCGAUUCCUUUAACUCGACACUGCUAGGCAGUUUCAGUGGUCGUACACAACCCCAACGUUUGGUAGCACGUAGUGGCAGUAUGCUGAUACUUAUGUAUAGUGAUACGAAUUAUGUUUUAGAUGGAUUCCGUGCAUCUUAUUACAUAUCGAACUGUUUAAAUAACUGUCACAAUCAUGGCAAAUGUGUAGGACAUCAGUGUGUGUGCCAUGGUGAAUGGGUGGGUCCCGAUUGUGAGGAUGAGGCCUGUCCCAAUAAAUGCGGUGAAUCCCAGGGAAGAGGAAAAUGUCUCAAAGGUGUUUGUCAUUGUGAAAAGGGUUACAGCGGUAGACUAUGUGAUUUACAUGAAAAUCCCCCUGGAGGUAAUUGGCGCUGGAUGGCUACCGAUGCUGAAGGCAUGACGUCUCGUGCUGCUCACACUGCUGUAUAUAUUGAAGAAGAAGAUGCACUAUAUGUCUUUGGAGGUUAUGAUCUCAACAAUGUCAUUAGUACUCUACAGAUAUACCGCUUUCAAACAAGUCAAUGGGUCGACGAAUGGGGCAUAGCGUUGCAGAAUCGUCGCCAUUAUUAUCAUCAACCGAAAAUAGAUCACACCUUGUUAAAAGCCGUCUUACAGCACAAAAACGAAGAGGAAGCCAAAUUGUGGGGUCUAAGUAGUGACGUUUCCAUAUUUCGAAAUAUUCUAUACACCUUGGCCGAAUCGAAUUUACACCAACGACGUACACGUAGUUCGCAACUUCUGACAACAGUGAAUGUUAACUCUACCGAUGAAGAAUUGUCCGAGUACUUGGAGGAUAUUUUAGAAGAAGUAACCGAUCAUAAACCGCAUGGUCGUUAUGGUCAUGCUGCAUCUGUUGUACCAGGUGGUUUUGUAAUUUUUGGUGGCAAGCAGGCAAAUGGAAGUUUUUUCAAUGAUUUGUGGUUUUACAAUCGCACCGAAAAUGGUGGUAAAUGGAAACAAAUGGCCUUGCUGUCGAAAUUGAAACCACAACCAGUGGCCCGUCAUACUUUAACUUAUGCUGGUGACUAUUUAUAUUUGUUUGGUGGUAGUUUACAUACCGGAGAGUUUUCAUCAGACAUAUACCGCAUACGUUGGCCCAUUACAAAGUCUGACAAUGAAAAUGGUCUAGAAUCUCAAUGGGAGCUGGUACAUCCUAGAGGUGGCAAAAAGUUGGAUGUACGCCUAGCAGCCCACACAACAGUGUAUUAUAAGGCUACAAAUUCAUUAAUAGUAUUUGGCGGCAUAAUGACUAGUCUGGCACGUUUUUCAAAACUAUCAGAUCGUAUAUUUGCCUUUCAGUUGGAUAAACUACAUUGGACGGAAAUUUUAUACCCGCGCACAGCUUUGAGAGAUACAAAUAUACCGAGAGAACGAGCAUUUCAUACGGCAACUGUAAGUGGAAACUAUAUGAUUGUUUUUGGUGGCUACACACAUCGCCAUAAUAAGGAUGAAAUAUGUUAUGACAAUCAAAUGUAUUGGUAUCAUUUAUCUUGUCACAUAUGGAUCAAUCAAGAGGUAUCUGCUGAGGACAAUAUUUACCCCAAAAAGCAAGGAGUAUUUGCUCAUGCUGCAGCUCUUCGCAAAAAUAAUACUCUACUCAUAGUGGGAGGUUACCAUGGUAAUGUUAAUGCUGAUUUAUUUGCCUAUGAAUUGCCACAAGUGCUGAGAGCAAAUGGCAUAUUUGGUUAUAAUCCAGAGAUGGCUUGUCGUUAUCACAACUCACACACAGCCUGUUUGUCGAAUCCAGAAUGUGGUUGGUGUUCGGCGGAUAGCAGUUGCUACGGUCGCACUAUUGGUGCUAAUUGUACCAGUAAUUUGCAAACCUCUCGAUGCCCGGGUAUAUGCCCUUCUUUGGGUGAUUGCCAUUCUUGUCUAGUGCACGGUACUCAAUGGUUGAAGACGUCUGAGGGAAACGACAACUAUCUUUCGGUGGCCAGCAAGCUGGGCUUAAAUGAAUGCACCUGGUGUGUGCAGAAUGCUAAAUGCCAUCAUCGUGAUGAUAAUUAUGGCAUAUGUGGAGAAGAUACCCCUUCGCACAGUCCCGGCUGGUGGGGUGAACAGGGCACUGAAAUACGCCAGCCAUCGCAGUGUACACAAAAUGAUCGUAGACCUGGACUAACCUAUAUAAAAUAUCAUUUUCCGGUUAACUUAACAAUGCCGGAUUUUGUGGCUAUCGUAAAUGCUACUAUGGUGGAUUUUUCUUCACCUACACCCACCACCCAAUACGAGCAGAAAUUGGAAGGUGAAAUGCUUGCCAGACUGUUGGGCUUUGUGCGUCCGCAAAAGCAAUGGGAGGAAGAACCAACGGAAAUACAAGUCUGCACCAGCUACUCAAAUGCCGUCUUAAAAGCUGGUCUUGGACGAGAUUUAAAUGCUCUAAAGGAAUUGACUAAACAAUCAUCGAAUCAAUCCUAUUGCAGUAAUGUAGAAAUACCCAGCACUGAACAGCCAUUCCUUAUUGAUUUCCAGGCACGUCGCAGAAUUGGUUUGAAUAAUAUUUACAACACUUAUCAAAAGACAAAAAUGGAAUUGCAACAUAUCUUUCAUGGCAAUCUAAAUGCAUUUACCUUUGAAUACUUAGAACCAUAUUACUCUGGCGAGAAUUGUACACAAUACACAAACUGUUUGCAGUGUCUUACAGACAAUGCCUGCGCCUGGUGUUCGCUGAAGUCUCAAUGUAUGGCCAAAACUGUUAACGAGACUGAAGCAUGUAGUUUACAGGGACGAGAAGGUAAUGGAACGACAAUUUUGUGGGAAUAUUUAAUCAAUCAGCCCAGUCACUGUGCCAACUGUUCGAAUUAUGUGUCGUGCGAGGAAUGUGUAGAAUCGAAUUUAUGUGAAUGGUGGGCGGAGGAAGCGCGUUGUGCUCGCCUGGGCAAAUCUGAGAACAGUGUACGUACGCUUCAACAAUGUCCGGUACAAUGUCGAUUGAGAACGAAUUGUCAUGACUGUUUAAAUGAAAGAGGUCGUUGUGUUUGGUGCGAAGCAAGGUCAGCCUGUUUUAGUUUUGCUGUCUAUACCAGUGAAUAUCAGUUCGGCAUGUGUCGUGAAUGGUUGGACCAGUCAGUCAAUCUUCACCAGUCAGAGGAAACAAAUAGUAUAGUACAACAUUCAAGACCUUCAGUCCUUAUACCCAUACAUCAGCAAACGCCGCCCAAGCAGCAGUGUAAAUCGUGUGCCCAAUAUCGCAACUGUACAACUUGUUUACGCACCCUGAGCUGUGGCUGGUGUUUUGAUCGUGACAACCCCAUCGAAGGUAAAUGUAUGCAAGGUGAUUUCAGUCGUCCUUUUGGUAACUGCUCUUUGGCAUUAAAUAGCUCUUCAGCCCAUGAUGCCGAAUGGGCUUAUGCCCAGUGUCCAGAUGUUGAUGAGUGUGGCUUGGGUCUGCAUGACUGUCACAAAGAAGCCAAGUGCACAAAUACUCAUGGUUCGUACAAUUGCCACUGUCGUCGAGGAUUUGUGGGUGAUGGCCGAUUAACUUGUUUGCGCACUUGUUUUGAGUCCUGUGUUCAUGGCUAUUGUUCAGGUGCUCCGGAUUAUGUGUGUCGCUGCGAACUGGGUUGGACAGGAGCAGAUUGUUCGAUAAAUUGUGGUUGUCACAACCACUCCACCUGUAAUGAACGGGUGGGCAAAUGUGAUUCUUGCCAGGCGUGGACUGAAGGAGAGCGUUGUGAACGUUGUAGGCAGGGAAGUUAUGGCAAUGCCACAUCGGCGGCUGGUUGCACCCCCUGUGAGUGUAAUGGUCAUGGUAAUCAAGAUUUGGGUAUAUGUAAUGUCAACAACGGCGAAUGUUUCUGCAAGGACAAUACGGUGGGCAUUAAAUGUGAUCGUUGUUCGCCUGGUUUUUAUGGUGAUCCCAAAGAUGGCGGCCAAUGUUAUUACCGUUGCGAGUCCAGAGGCAUGUUACGAGAUAUAGGCCGCAGUGGUAUUGGUUCUUAUAAGGCCUAUAAAUCACCUUGGGGUGCAAAAUUGGAGGUGAAGGAAUGUUUGUGGAUUUUGGAACCCAAAACUCUGCAAGCCGAAAAGUCUUUGCUACAAGUCGAAUUUGAAUGGAACUCUCUGGCUAUGGAUUGUGAUGAUAAUGCUGUCUACAUUUACGACAGUUUGCCCGACUUAACUGGCGUGUCCCAGCAAAAUCAAUUGAUAUCGGUAGUGUGUCAUCCCUACACUUCGUCGCACAUUAUUGAAGCCAGGUCAAGUCAUGUUACGGUGUACUAUAAACAAGGCGGUGGUCUAAGGAAACACUUUGGCUUUAACGCCUUAUAUACGGUAAAGAAUUGUGUGGCCAACACCUGCUUGCAUCCCCAUAUCUGCGAUGACCAGCAGAGAUGUGUGUGUCCAGCUGGGUAUGUGGGCGCCAAAUGUGAAAUUGAAAUCUGCCCUCGUAAUUGUAAUGCUAAACGUAUGCAAGGCUACUGCGACACUGACUAUGGCAGAUGUAUAUGCAAUCAGGGAUGGGGUGGCAAGGAUUGUGGCACCGCCAUUAAAUUGAAUCAAAUAACCGUAACAGAACUAUUCAACACCAUAUUGCUGUCGGAGUCUUACGAACAUUUGCGUAAAACUAUACCACGUUUUGGCCACACCGUCUGUGCUGACCGCCGCGGUUCGUUAUGGAUGUUUGGGGGUUAUUCGCCCUCCCAUGGACCACUUAACGAUUUUCGUCAAUUCGAUACAAAAAAUGGUACUUGGAUGCAAGUGACUGUAGAAUCAACACCAGAAGAUAAAAUGCCUUUAGGCCGUUACUUUCACGCAGCCGAGAUUUAUGUUAAAAAACAAACGAUAUUUAUUUAUGGCGGCAUUACUACAACCGGCUUAUCUUCUGCUCCUAAGCCGGAAAUUUUAGCCGAUUUUUGGCAGUUUUCCAUACAAAAUCAAAGGUGGUCGGAGUUUGAUUUGAGCGGGCAUCGCAUCAAGCCUCCCGCUUUAGCCGGCCAUACUCUCACUUAUACGCGUAACAAUGAAAGAGAAUCUUUGAUAUUAAUCGGUGGCAUGACUUUAAAUAAAUCACGCCAGUUGGAAUUGUGGGAAUUCAAUCUGGAGACUUUUAGAUGGGAACAGUUAUUGGCGUUGGGUGUUCGAAUGCCGGUAUUGUAUGGCCAUACCACAGUGUAUCACAGUGAAAAGCAUAUAAUGUAUGUAUUUGGUGGUUAUUCCACGGAGCCGCAAAAUAAAUUGUAUGCUUUGCAUUUGCAAAAGAUGACUUGGACCGAAUUACCUCCUUUUAAGGAUUUAAAUAGACCAGAAUCUCUAUUACCCAGGGCCAGAUACUUUCAUUCGGCUGUAACUACCGAUCAGUAUAUGAUUAUAUAUGGAGGACGCAAUUUUCCCUACAACUCCAGUGAUGUUUUAAUUGCCUACGUCUAUAACUGCAAUCAAUGGAUCCGUUUAACUGAAGAUGUGCAUAUUGUAGGCAGUUUACAGACCUCUACGUAUGCAGAAGACAUUUCUCUGGAUCAUGAUAACAAUGCUAUCUACGUUAUUGGUGGUUGGGAUGGCAGUGCCGCUCAAAGUCAUGUCACGAAAAUUGUCUUGCCCAAUGAUAUCUGCCAACUGUGGAGUGCCGGGAAAUAUCUGUGUCGUCAUUAUAUGGGCUGCAGUUUCUGCACAGUGUCUGCGAAUUUUAUAACAUCAUCCUUCUGUUUCUCCCAUGGCCAUAGUAGUAUCUGCAACAAUGGCAAUGGCACUUUGGUAUACAACCACGGAGCAGCGUGUGAUGAUGCCUGGAUGGCUAGGCGUAAUUGUUCCAGUUUUUCUACUUGUACUGCCUGCUUGGCGUCAUGGCCUUCUCAUGUAGAGACAACGCCCGUAUGCCAGUGGUGCGAUGAGUGUGGCAUAAAAGGUAGAUGUGUACCAGCUGGUGUAGACUGUGAAAGACGCAGUACUUGGUGUACCAAAGAAGUUAGUGUCGGACUUUUGAAUUUGUGCCCACAGCCACAGUGCCAUACACUACACUGUGAGGCUUGUAUUCUAAAUGAAAACUGCGAAUGGGCACAAAAUGAAUUGGGCACCAUAGAAUGCAUUACCAAAGAACUGGUAGAACAAAAUCAAUACAGAAUUAUAGGCCAGUGUCCGCAACCCUGUCAUCAUUACCUCAACUGUUCGAAUUGCUUAAUCCAUAUGGAUAGUGAGCAACCCAAGGAUUGUAAAUGGUCUACAAUGCUCAACACGUGCCUGUCACCACAAACACAACCCAUUUUAUGUGCCGGUGGUGUUUGUGGUUUAGUGUUGGAAACAAAUGAAACCGACCACUGUCCCGAGCCGUGUCAUGUGUAUACACAAUGUUCUACUUGCUUGGAACAUGCCCAUUGUGGCUGGUGUGCCAGAGAGGGCUUUAAUGGUGAUGGCAUCUGCACCGAAGGUUCAUUGGAAAAUAAACAGGAAUAUCCCUCGGGUUCAACGUGUGACCUAAUAUACGCUUCGCUGCGCAAUGAUUCUCAACUGACGCCGGCUGAUGUUGUUACCUGGAAUUACGUAAAAUGUCCCAUAGAAAAUGAAUGCACAAAUAAUCAUCAUCAUUGUCAUCCCAUUUCGGAAAGAUGUAUAGAUACCAUCAACGGCUAUCGCUGUGAGUGUGGCGAAGGUUACAAAUCAGAGAAUGAUACUUGUAUACCCGUAUGUACGCAAGGCUGUGUGCGUGGCAAUUGUAUCUCACCCAAUAAAUGUGAAUGUGAUUUCGGUUAUGUAGGAGCUAAUUGCAGCAUUCAGUGCCUCUGCAACGGACACUCGAACUGUAAAGGUCCCAAUCUUCUUGGCGACUGUAUUGAGUGUCACAACAACACCAUGGGAGAUCAGUGCGAAAAAUGUCAACCUUUGUUUGUCGGUGAUCCUCGUGAGGGUAGAGCAUGUGUUCCUUGCCAUGAAUAUUGUAAUGGACACACUGAUUCCUGCAUAGCUCAGGAUUCAGAUCCCGGAUUCUUUAAUAUGACUCGAGCCGAGUUGGAUCUAAAUCUGCCUGAGGGCCCUUUGGCAAAUGCCACCUGUUUGCGUUGUGCCAACAAUACUGCCGGCGAACGUUGUGACACUUGUAUUAUCGGCUAUUUUCGUGGUUCUGAAGAUCAUCGCAAAGAAUGCAUACCUUGUCAGUGUCAUGGCCAUGGAAAUAUAUGUGACCCGGUUACAGGCGAAAAAUGUAAUUGUGGCAAUAAUACGGAAAGUGAUGCCACAUGUACGGCCGGCGGUGGAAAAAAUUCUGCCCAUCUUUGUUGGAGCGUCCAAUGUUCAAAAUGUCGGGAUUCGUAUGCCGGCAAUCCAAUAGAUGGUCACCAGUGUUACAAGCAAAUAACCGUCGAAUCACGCAUGUGUUUUGAUGCUAAACCUAUAGAGGAGUGUAAAGCGAAACCGGCCGCCCUUAAACCUGGACAAACAGUAUUUUUUGUCAUUCAGCCGCGAUUUAUGAACGUUGACAUACGUGUCAUUAUCGAUGUCACCCAAGGUGAAUUAGAUGUUUACAUGUCGCCUCAAGAUGACUCGUUUAUAGUGGAGACAAAUGACACGUCUGGCUAUCAUGAAAUCUAUUUAGACAAUCGUUACAAUUGGGGACCCAAAAUGAAGCGUUCACACCCACUGAAUGUGGCUCAACAAAAGUAUGACAACUCCAGUAGCAGCGCAACCAGCAGCUUUUCAAAACUUGUGAUGACCGAUAAGCGCAAUAGCUACUAUAUGCCACAUAUACAGGAUUGCAAGAGUCAUGGUGGUCAUAGUUUUUCGGUUAAAGAUCAACAUGCCAAAGAUUUGAGUACGCAUGUAACGUUAAAUCAUUGUAAUACGCUGUUGAGAUUAUUUGGUUUGAAAAAUCGCUUGGUCUUAACACUACCACAACAUGCUCACAACUUGAGCGCUACACGAUUCUUUAUAGCGUUGAGAGCUAGUUCGGGUCCUGAGCCAAGCUAUGGAUCUGUGGUAUUUCGUCAGGAUCAAUUGCAUAUUGAUUUGUUUGUUUUCUUUUCGGUGUUUUUCUCAUGUUUCUUCCUAUUUUUGGCUGUUUGUGUUGUAAUAUGGAAAGUCAAACAGACAGCCGAUAUUCGAAGAGCCAGGCGUCAACAUGUCGUGGAAUUAUUGCAUUUAGCCAAGCGCCCUUUUGCCUAUGUAUUCCUAGCUUCCAAUUCAUUUGACACCGAUAGUCCACAUCCCGCAAGUUCGUCGUCAACGUCUUCGAAUCGCGUUGUGCGCAGUGCUACGGGAGCUCGAUCACGUCAUCACAACACAGCACAUUUCCAAUUGCCAGAGGUGUUGUUAAUUGCCAUAGAACCUACAUCGGAUAAUUUGGCAGCAGUUGGUACAGUAUUUGUGAGUUUACCAGGACGCUAUAAAGCUCCUCUGAGUAUGGCAUUGGGCUCAACAUUAAUAUCGUACCCGCCACGUCUGUAUCAAGUUAACAAUAGACAUUAUACACGACCAGCAAGAGGUAAUUCAGCACCCGCCACAAAUGCCGCAGUUGGUGGUGGUGGAGCUGCGGCGAGACAAGCUCGACAAGGUGCCAUUGAAGAUGCUUUGCCAGUUUACAAUCUUGGCUAACAAGAAAUCGUUGUUGUUGUAGUCAUUUAAAUCCAAGGAAUUUAACAAAAGACAAAUACGAGGAGUACAUACAUAAAAACAUGUGUAAGUACUAAACUAAAUGAACAAAUUACCAGCAAUGGUAUACUAACGCAUAACCAUGGCGUUAUUUAACCCCUUUUAGUAAAUCUAGUGAAAUGAUAUUUUUUAAAUAUUAUGUAAGUAAUCAAAACCAAUCGUUCUUUUUUUGAUUUUGUAUAUUUUUUUUAUUGUUUUUAUUUUUUUUGUAGUUUUAAGCAUAUUUUGUAAGAAUAAAUUGUGCAGCCAGUGUUAGAAUUAUCGAUUCUCAAAAAGGAAUUUAAAUUUUUGCACUUUUUUUUGGUAUUUGUGUAGUGUGUGUAAUUUAAGUGUUCUAAAACAGUUUAUUUGAGUAUUUUUUUGUCAUAUUAAUGAGUAUAAAUGAAUUUUAAUUUCAAUAUUUUACGCAAAUUCAAUUCAAAUCAAGAGCAUUGUUGGUCAUGCAGGAAGUGGUUCAAUUACACUAUUAAAUUAGCUAAACUUUUGCUACGUUAUAAAAAAUAAGCAAUUAAAAACUGUUUUAAAUUAACUUUUAAAAUUUGCUAAACUCUGUCAAUUGUCUAUUUAAAAGUUCAUUCGUUCUAAUUCCGUCAGAUGUGUAAUUCAGCCACAUGUCGAUACACAGAAAAAUGUUUGCACAUAAUGGAAUGAACUGCCUUUCAUUAUUUUCAAUUCAUAAUAAGUAUAAACAAAAACAUACAUUUUAUAAUUUAUUCAUAUUUCAUUUAUAUUUUUGUGUUCCCCAAAAAUAAUUGAAAUGAUUGUACAUUUUUAUGAAUUUCAUAUAAACAAUUGGAAUAUUUUCUUUUUAGUCAAGUAAUAGUGAAAACAUUUGCAUUAUCAUCUGUUGUUUUUAACCACAUAUCUGGUUUUCCUGGUCAAAAAAAAUAUACAAUAUGGAUAUAUAAUGAACGACAUUUCAAAGACCUGUCCAUAACGUUGUAUAUAAUGGACCGAAAUGGGAAACAUUGACCCAUAUAAAAUUCGGCAUUGCCGAAUAAAGCUCUCUUGUUUAUCUUAUAACAAAAGUAUAUAGCCUAAAAGGCUAUGGAGCAACGUAAUUAAUAUAUGUAGAUAUAUUUUCAAAUUAUCCAACAUUUUCAUUAAAAAAAAUAUUGAUUUAUUGCCUAAUUAAUACUUGUACUAUUACCGCAUGUAAAACACCUUUCAUCAGUCAAUCAGAAUAGAUAGUGAACGAUUCACAGGACUGAAUUAUGUCCAAAUGUAUUUUUAUGCUUCUAUCUAUGAGUACAAUAUUAAAGAAAUAUAAAUAAGUAGCACGAUUUAGUGGUAUUAAGAGCUUAAAAUAUCAUAUUUGGAUAUAAAAUAAUAUAUUUUUAAUUUUAAAAUAAUAAUAAUCGUCUCCAUAGAUUAAAAAAAAUUCAACAAAAAGUGAAUAUUACACCAAUGAAUAUUUACAUUUCGAAUAUCGAAUUUCUGCAAUCAACAACUCUGGUUUGAAUUAAAAUGUCCACUUCUAUAUUUGUUCUUUUUGAUAGCAAGCAAAUCAAAAUGUAUUAUUUUUUUAAGACUUUCUCUAAAUAUAAGUUUAAAAGUGCAAUAAUCUAUACAAAUAAAUACUGUUUCAUUAUCUACUUAUAAAAAAAAACAUAUAAUUCGUCAAUUCUAUGAAUAUAUAAAUCAAUCAAUAUAAAAAAACAUAAUUUUAUAAGAAACCUAAAACAAACAAAAAUUAUAACCAAUACAAUAAUUGUACUCGAAAAAAAUUAAGAAUAAACUAAACACAAAUUCAGCAUACCUACAUAUUAAACAUAAAAUAACAAUAAUUUAUUAAUAAUAUAAAUAAAAUGUUAACAAAUCGAACAAAAAAAAUAACAACUAAUAUAAAAACUUUGUAAAAUGUACAUAAUUUUUAAUAAGAACUGAACAAAACAAAAAAAAUUAGUUGCUCAAACAUGUGUAUUUAUUUUGUAAAUGUAUUAUUUUCAUUAAUUCUAAUUUUUGUAAUUUGAAAAUUAUUUAGUUUUUAUGUUUAAGCUUAAACAUUUAUUUAGUGUUAUAUAUAUAAAACAUAUCUCUGUCUAAUUCUCAAUCUGACGCUCUCUCUCUCUCUCAAGCUGUUUAAAUUCUCAAACAAAAAAAGGUAGUUAGGUUUAUUUUGAUAUUAGUCUUAUUUUAUCUAUCGCUCCCUCCCUAUUUUUCUUAAUUUUCUAAGAAUCUCACUUUUUUACAAACACUUUUACACAUAUGUAUAUUAAAAUGUAUUUUUAGCUGUUUAAGAUUUUGGUGUUGUUUUAUUUUUUUGAAUAAUAUUUAUAUCUUUUAAAAUUGUCCUUUUAUGUUUCGUCCUUAAAUUAGUUUUUAGGUAAAAUUUGUUUCAAAAAUCUUGAUAUUUUUAUAUGUAUAUGUAUUUUUAAUUGAAUAUUUACAUACUAAUGGUUGUGUUUUGUUUAUACACUUUUUGUAAUAUUUUGUUAAUUUCAUUUGUUUUAUUUUUUUAUUAUUAUUUUUUUAAUAUUUUGAUCAUACUUUAUUUGAAUAUAUAAAAUAAGUACAAUAAACAUAAAUUAAGCAGAAUAAAUGACUUAAUUAAAUGUAUGGAAUUAUAUAAAAAAAAAAACAUUUUUAAUAGUGAAAUUGUAUUGAAAUAUUAAAAUGAAUAAAAAAUUAAUAAAUAAAUUUUGUGAAAGAAUAUUAAAA